GUGGUCGUAUGCUAACAGAUAUCUACGCUGUCCGGUCCGUCGUCAGUAUUAAAGUAAUAAUAACACAGCCCGAGGCAAGCGACGACGUCCAAAUGAUCAUUACCUACACCUAAAUGAUAAUAUAAUACCGUCCGCGAAUAUAUUUUUAUUGGUAAAACGUAUGCUGUAAUUUAUACUUUUGUCGAAAGUGUAUAACCCGUUAAAACAUUAGCGGCGACGAUGUCCGUACUCGGUGUUUACCUUGCCUCGUUGAUUAUUUUUGUUAGCUGUACCCAGUGUAUCCUGUUCUCCGAUUCUGAUGGACAUUCCUCUGACUCGGACGUUGGAGGAGACGUCGGUGAUGAUGACAGAGGUAGCGAAAACAACGACCACCUCAACCCGAUGGUCAGUACGGCGAUCAAGAGCUGCCUGGCAGGAGCCGACUCGUUCUUGCCUUGUAUCAACGGGCACGCCAUGGCAGCUAUUGAACAAACUGAAUCCAUGGACUCGGUGCUCCUGGAUUCGGGACUGGAGAUUUCCAAAAGUCCCAGUGUAGAAGCGUUCGCUGCUCCUCGAGGAGUUUAUUCUUUGGGCGAUAACCCGUACAACAUCGGUGCAGUCAUUGAAGCUGCGUCUUCGUUGCUUUCCAGGCGAACGUUUUGUUGGGACUUGAGUCUCUUAUACCCAGGACUGCAGAUGCGAAUCGGUCCAACGUAUACCAGUAGAGGAAUAAUUGAUUUUAUUGUAGAUCCUCGACGUAAAUUUGACGAGCGAAGUUUGGGUAUCGGACAUAUGAUAUUCAAAAGAUCAUUAUUACCAAACGUGUUGGCUACGCAAAUUAGUAUUGCCUCUGUGAUUCCGAUCAUGUUUGCAGCGAUAUAUUUUCUGACUAAAAAAGCUUUUAUUUUGUCUAAAAUUGCAUUAGUCGUCACCAGUGUGGUGGGUUAUGGUUCAUUGUUUCUACACCACAACAAGAAGCCAAUAGCAAGCCAUUCGUUCGGAAGUCAUCAACCGUUUAACACCCAUAAUUCGUUUGGUAGUUUAUAUCACGGUCCAGUUGGCGGUCAUUAUCAUCCUCAUCAAUCGAUUGGUGGCCAUCACAACCCGUUCAUUGGUGACAUCAGAGGUGAAAAGUUUUACGAACACUUAAACGAGUUUCAACAGAUUUCUUCAUCCAAACCAUCGUCGCUUUUCCGGGGAGUUAAUUAUUUUCCACGAGAAGAUGACCAUAUAAAAUAUACGGAAUCAACAGAUAAAAACAAAAAAGAAACGGAAUAAAUGUAAGCACAUUGCACCAAUCAAAUUAUCUUGGUAUAACGUUAUCAUGUAAUUAUUACCUACCUAUUUAUUUUUUUAAUAUAGUUUUUAGUGUAAACGUAGAUGAAGAUCUAAGAUGUA